GGCUCGUCCCGCUUGACUCCUGCCCGUACCGUCCCCAUAAAACCCACCCGACGUCCUUUCUGACCACCCUUACGCUACCCCGAAUUUGUGGCACUGUACAGACCCACUACCUCUCAGAACACGUCGCAACCACACGUCUGCUCCUGAUCAACCAUGAACUACGUUCAGCUUGAGAAACUAGGCGAGGGCACAUACGCUACGGUAUUCAAGGGGAGAUCGCGGACAACAAACGAGAUUGUCGCACUCAAGGAGAUUCACCUCGAUGCAGAGGAGGGCACGCCAUCCACGGCGAUUCGGGAGAUCUCGCUCAUGAAGGAGCUGAAGCACGUCAACAUCGUCCGGUUGUACGACGUGAUCCACACCGAGACGAAGCUCAUCCUCAUCUUCGAGUACUGCGAGCGCGACCUCAAGCGGUACAUGGAUGUCCACGGCGACCAUGGUGCACUCGACCCCAUUACUGUCCGGAGUUUCAUGUAUCAGCUGCUGAAGGGUACCGCAUUCUGCCACGAGAACCGGGUUUUGCACCGGGAUCUGAAGCCGCAGAACCUGCUCAUCAACAGGAAGGGAGAACUGAAGUUGGGUGAUUUCGGCUUGGCAAGGGCGUUCGGUGUGCCGGUGAACACAUUCUCAAAUGAGGUCGUGACAUUAUGGUAUCGUGCUCCUGAUGUCCUCAUGGGCUCACGAACAUACAAUACCUCGAUCGACGUCUGGUCCUGCGGUUGCAUUUUCGCCGAGAUGAUCUCUGGCGUGCCAUUGUUCCGCGGCAGGGACAACCAAGAUCAGCUCCUGCAUAUCAUGCGUAUCAUUGGUACUCCCGAUGAUCGUGUUCUCCGUAAAAUCACGAGUGAAGGGCAAACGGAGAGUACAAAUCCACCCAAGCAAUACCCGCGGUACCCCAAAAUCCCCUUCUCGCAAGUUCUUCCGAAGGCAUCACCACAAGCCAUCGACCUUCUUGAACGACUUUUGCAAUUUGAUCCGUCAAAGCGUAUCACAGCCGCCGACGCUCUCUCACAUCCCUACUUCACCGGCUCCGUGCCCCUGGGUCUCCCCACACCCGCACCCGGGUCCAUGGCGCCGCCCGCAUACAACUACCCACACCCGCACGCGCACCAGCAACAGCAGAUCUCGCAACAGCAGCAGCAGCAGGCGCACGCCCAAGCUCAAGCUCAGGCGCAAGCGCAGGCUCAGGCGGCAUACCUGCAGGCGCAGGCAGGGAUGGGGCAUUACGGUAUGCAGUACCCGCAGCAGUACGCCGCUGGACCCGUGCAGUGA